GUGAUGUGUGUCCCGGCCGGCAGUGCACACGCGCACAGUUUGAACCCAUUUUAACUUUCUCUCCGGGAAAGCCCUCGGGAUUACGCGCAGCCAGGACUUUCCACACGAAGAUAAGAAUGUCUGUGUGCCUGUCACAAAGAUGAGAGAUGUGAAGGGAUUCCGAGAGAAGUAGAGGAGAAGACGCGCUCUCUUUUUGGUGCUCAUUGCUUGCACAUGGACACCUAAACGGGGCGCCUGGAUGUUGAUGGACACCUGCUGGAAUGGAACCCGCAACCUUUUAGCCCAAUACAUGACUCUGCCACUAAAACAGCCUGUAUCACAUUUACAGUAUGGAUUACGAGUUGCAGCCUGAAAUCUCGUCGGCUCUCAUGGGACUGAGGCACUCGUCGCGGUGUUUGCUGCUGCGGCGGAAGAUGGCGGAGGCGGACAGCUCGGAGAGGCAACAGCCGGUCGCGUCCCCUCACUCUCAAUCUGCCCAGCCCUCCCCACUGCCUAAACCAGUGCCUACUGCCCACCAUGUGCCCUGCGGCCCCCCCGCGCCUCAUGUAGCAGCCCUGGCUACUUGUCCUGGUCGAGGCAAGAUUGCCAAGUUCCUGAGCCCGGAGGAAAUGACAUCACGGGACUACUACUUCGACUCCUAUGCCCACUUUGGCAUCCAUGAGGAGAUGCUGAAGGACGAGGUGCGGACGCUGACCUACAGGAAUGCCAUGUACCACAACAAGCAUGUGUUCAAAGAUAAAAUCGUCCUGGAUGUGGGUAGCGGAACGGGGAUCCUCUGUAUGUUUGCCGCUAACGCCGGCGCCAAACACGUCUACGGGAUUGAAUGCUCAAGCAUAUCAGAAUAUUCAGAGAAGAUCAUAAAGUCCAAUCACCUACACAAUGUCAUCACCAUCUUCAAGGGAAAGGUGGAGGAGGUGGAGCUGCCCGUGGAGAAGGUGGACAUCAUCAUCUCCGAGUGGAUGGGCUACUGCCUCUUCUACGAGUCCAUGCUCAACACCGUCAUCUUCGCCAGGGACAAGUGGCUGAAACCCGGAGGUCUGAUGUUUCCCGACAGGGCGACUCUCUACGUGGUGGCCAUCGAAGACCGGCAGUACAAGGACUUCAAGAUUCAUUGGUGGGAAAACGUGUACGGGUUCGACAUGAGCUGCAUUCGCAACGUGGCCAUCAAAGAGCCUCUGGUGGAUAUGGUAGAUUCCAAGCAGGUGGUGACUAACGCCUGCCUCCUGAAGGAAGUGGACAUCUACACCGUGAAGCCCGAGGACCUGUCCUUCACCUCAGCCUUCCGUCUGCAGAUCCACCGCAACGAUUACGUCCACGCCCUGGUCACCUAUUUCAACAUCGAGUUCACCAAGUGUCACAAGAAGACCGGCUUCUCCACAGCUCCAGAUGCUGCCACCACACACUGGAAGCAGACAGUGUUCUACCUAGAGGACUACUUGACUGUCAAGAAGGGAGAGGAGAUUUUUGGCAGUAUCGCUGUCAGGCCCAAUGAGAAGAAUGUGCGUGACCUGGAGUUCACCCUGGAGCUGGACUUCAAAGGGCAGCUCUGCGAGGCGGCCAUUUCCCACGACUAUAAAAUGCGUUGACCAACCGACUACCCUCAGCACCCCCCCCCCUCCUCAAAGACUCGGAGAGGGGGGGACGGCACACGCUCUCCAACAACGAUUCCAGUUGGCCAGCCAGGGCGAACACACGCAUCUGAUUGGAUGCCGUAUUGCCAGCGCCCAAGUGAUGUCAUCAGAGCAGUUUCUAUCAGCAAU